CAUUCUGCUUUCGACCGUAGGCUGUGGUGGACGUUGUCGCAAGUUUGUCCCUCUAGUUUUCUACUUUGAAUCUGAAGUGAAGUGAAUAGGUUGAGGUUACCGUGAGCGUGUGUGAUUCGGUGGAAAGUGGUGAUCGAAUUUGUGUUGAAAGCCGGUGUUUGAAACAUGGAAGUCGCUAAACCGGAAGUGAAUGGCAACCCGUUGCCCCAGCGGCAGCAGAAUAACCAGGGCGGUCCUCAAGGAGGCCAGCAGCAGGGCAAUCAAAACCAAAACCAAAACCAAGGUGGCGGCGGUGGUGGUCCGAACAAGGGCAACCAAAAUCAGAACCGCAAUAACCAGAACCAGGGUGGUAAGAAAGGAGGUGGCCGGUUCAACAACCGGAAUAAUCAGAACAACCAGAAUCAGAACCAGAACCAGCAAGGUGGAAACCAGGGAGGAAACUUCCAGGGCAAUAAUAACCAGCAAGGAGGUGGAGACCGUGACGGAAAUCAGAACCAAGGAGGCGGCGGUGGCGGUGGAGGCCAACACGGUGGCCCAAAUCGUGGUGGCGGCGGCCCGAACCGCGGUGGACCCCGGAACCGGAACCAAGAUGGCGACCAAAGCUUUGAUCGUCGCCGUAGUGGUCCGAAUGAGAUGUACUUCAUCAACGAGAAGCUGCGCAUGUUGCAGGGACCCCUACUGGAGUUGCCCCCGAUCGAAGCGGGAGAUUUCAAAUUUUCCAGCCGCAAUCGGCUUUACAUCGGUAAUUUGACCAACGAUGUCACCGAAGAGGAAAUGACCGAACUGUUCCGCCCGUACGGUGAAAUCACGGAAGUUUUCCUGAACAAGGAAAAAAGCUACGCCUUUGUGCGUGUAGACUACUUCUCCAAUGCCGAGAAAGCCAAGCGGGAAUUGGAUGGAACCUCCCGGAAGAAUCGCAUCCUGCGAGUUCGUUUUGCUCCUAAUGCAACUGCCCUCCGGGUGCGAAAUCUUACCCCGUUUGUCAGCAACGAGCUGUUGUACAGAGCAUUCGAGGUAUUCGGACCUCUGGAGAAGGCUUCGGUGCAGGUUGACGAGCGUGGCAAAUCCACUGGCGAAGGUAUCGUAGAGUUCAAGACCAAACCGGGUGCGAUGGCCGCCCUGCGUUUCUGUACCGAAAGGUGCUACUUCCUAUCAGCGUCUCUGCGACCUGUCAUCGUAGAACCGCACACCUACCAGGACGAUACCGAUGGUCUACCCGAGAAGUCACUGCCCAAGAAAAUCCCAGACUUCAUGAAGGCGCGACAGAAUGGACCCCGUUUCGCCGAGAUUGGCUCCUUCGAGCACGAAUACGGCCAACGCUGGAAGCACAUGCAUGAACUGUACAAGCAGAAGGCCGAGUCGCUAAAGCGCGAGAUGAUCAUGGAAGAAGAGAAGCUGGAGGCUCAAAUGGAAUUCGCCCGUUAUGAGCACGAAACCGAGCAGCUCCGAGAACAGCUGCGCCAGCGGGAGCAGGACCGAGACCGCCAAAAGGCUGAGUGGGAAAUGAAGGAACGUCAAGCCACAGAAGCUAAACAACGUAAUGACAUCCAGAUGAAGCACGACGUUGAGGAAAUGCAGAACCGCAUCAAGCGCACCGAUGAGGAACUUUACCGCCGACAACAGGAGAACAACAUCUUCAUGCAGAAUCAACAGAUGGGUGGCCCGAUGCCCGAUAACGAUGACCGCCGGCAGUUUGAAAUGGGUGGUGGUAACAACUUUGGUGGAAUGGAGGUACGUGACUAUGGCCACGGUCAGGAUAAUAACCAGCGACAGUCACGCUUCAACAACGACAACAACCAGCAGCAGCAACAGCAGCAGAAUCAAAAUCAGGGUGGCGGACCUGGAGGCCCCGGCGGAAACAACCAGCAACAGCGCCCGUUCGGCAAUAACCGUGGUGGCAACUGGAUGAACAACAACAAUGACCGUCGCAACAACGACGAAUUCCAGAGUAAGCGAAGACGCUUCUAAGCGCUGCCGUUAAAUAAUGACGCUGCCGCUUACUUAGAAAUUACUUCAAGUUUUAAAAAACAUCAGCCCUCAUGCACUGCUACCGAACGAUUUCGGAUAGAAGCUGGAAAGCCCUACCAGGACUAUUGCGGGGUUCAACAAAUCUGACAAACUUAUUUAUAUACACAUAAAUGAUAAGCAGCAAAGAUGGAUAUUCUCAGCAAUGAGAUAUGUUGGGUAGCAAACACGCAUUUUCAGCUCUUGACUUUGCAAUGAUCUCUGCAGCGUGUAUACCCACACAUGGAAUGAAAAGGCUGCUCUUAUGAACAAAACAACAAAAUUAAACAAGAUUAUUUCCUCCAAAGGAUCAAUACGCAGACGCACUCAGCUUCGCUCCGCCACUACCGGUACAAUGCACCAAUUGUAUCUAUUCUUCAAGUUAUCGCGGGAUGCGAAACCUGUUCCGUCGACGUGUUCCAAUUGAUCACCAUCGUUUCGUGUAUUUCUUCUAUUUAGGUUUGCAAAUUUUGCAACUCGUCAGCAUUAUUCCACCCCCAACGAUUUAAUGACUCAGUAAUGUUUUAUCAUUUUUAUCGUUUUACUUGGAAAAAAUAUAAUUUGAGAUCGGAAGCACCGAUGCCUUGGAAACGGUUUUAACGCCAACAACUUCAUUUUUUUUCGAUUAAGAAAUAAUUUAAACUACGGGGAAACAUUUCAACUCACAAUGAACCACAAUCGAUUUUAAAUGUGUAAUAGGGCUCCAUAGAGUGCUUAACAAUCACUGUAACUGUAGUAAUUUAUGGGAAAAGUGAAGAGUUCACUUUUGGAAAAAUGGUUAGCAAGUCUAGUUUGUCGGCUAAUUCGGUCUUGCUACUUCUUAAAAUUGAAUAAACUUGAAAAACAACAACUAACACUGAUAAUGAGUAAACAGAACUAAUCUCAAAUCAUACAGCAAAAAAAAAAAAAACAUAAACUGAAAACUGCAAGUUAAUUUGAUCUACACUUGAAAAACAUUUUAUGCAAUUCUUAAACAGUAGGGACAGAAUUCAUGUGACUCAGUUAGUAUCCAUUUUGUAGUUCUUAAAGAAAAGUUUCAAAAGUAUUUAUUUGUAACUGGGAAAACGCUCGAGUACUGAGUGUCCCUAUUUAGAUCCCAAUUAGGGAUCCAUCUUGCCCGGAGAAGAGCAAGUGGGAUGAAACGAGCGUUUUCUCAUGCGUUUCUCACAAGUGAACAACACAAAUUAAGGGACAUUUUUGAUUGUUUAAUAUUAAACAUUGUAUUGUGAUCUAUUUCGAGCUAAUCAGGCGUGGGAGCUCUUUUUUUGUUGUUGCUGGUGGGAGGUUGCAAGUAUUCAUUUAGCAAAAAGGUGGGCUAACGCAAUCUCUUCUAUCCAGCAGCAACAGUUAGCUUCGUACAAGGAAAUGCCGAUUUAAAUAGACACAACACCACACAUUAAUCAAGAGUACUAUUUGUAAGGCAACAAAUUGAUUUUUAAUUUCUAGAUUCUGAGAAUUAACUGUAAGCUCCGAAGAUUAUAUCUUUUGAAUAAAUCACUGUGUAAUAGUAAGAAUAUAAACGGUAUUCGAUAUAAACAAUA